CGUGUUCUGUGCGCACACCGGAGGACGACGCACGCAGCCCAACGUUGUGGAAAGGCUGUGAAAGUCGGCCAUGGCUGAGCACCACAGCCGUAAGCGGCGCCAUCCGACUGAGCUAGGCAUACCUCCACGAUGGCUCAACUGUCCACGCAAGGGAGCUGUCAUUGCCGAGAAGUUCCUGCCCUUCAAGACACCCCUGAGCGAGGUGUACGAUUCUCAGGUGCCCGAGGAGAGCCGUUUCCCGCCGUCCAUGCUGUUGGACUCCUUAACCAGCUACAAGCUGAAAAUGGGACUGUGGAUCGACCUGACCAACACGGACCGAUUCUACGACAACAAGGUGGUUAAAGAGCGGGGGAUCAGUUACCUCAAGCUCCAGUGCCGCGGGCAUGAUGAGUGCCCCUCGGAGGACCAAACAGACCUGUUCAUUGGCGUGUGCCAAAAGUUCAUCUCUAUGAACCCGCUGCACAUAAUCGGUGUCCACUGCACACAUGGCUUCAACCGGACAGGUUUCCUCAUUGCCAGCUACUUGGUGGUCAACAUGUCUUGGAGUAUUGAAGCAGCAGUCAGGGCCAUUGCAGAGGCUCGGCCACCUGGCAUCUACAAAGCAGAUUACCUUCGAGAGCUUUUCAAGCGAUACGGGGAUGUUGACGAAACUCCUCCGCCUCCACCUCGGCCCAGCUGGUGUGAUGAGGAGAACGAGGACCUUGACGAUGAUGGCAAUGCACUGGGUGGUGAUGGUGGCGGAGAUGGACCUGUGCAUACACGACGGAGACGGGAGUUCAACAAGAAGAACCCUACCUUCAUGGAGGGUGUCCCUGGUGUGGAGCCCAUCACCACUCAGCCCAAGCUCCUGCAGAUACAACGAAGGUGCCAGGAGCUUUGCCACUGGGAGAGUUCAGGCUUCCCUGGCAGCCAGCCAGUGUCCAUGGACCGGCACAACAUACACAGGUUGAAGGAAAAGGAGUACAUGGUCAGCUGGAAAGCCGAUGGAACACGGUACAUGAUGCUCAUAGACGGGGAAAACGAAGUCUACUUCAUUGACCGGGACAACUGUGUUUUCCAAGUAUCAGGCCUGUGCUUCCCCAAGCGCAAGGACCGCUCUCAACAUAUCCAGGAGACGCUAGUGGAUGGGGAGAUGAUCAUUGACAAGGACAAUGGCCGGGAUGUGCCCCGCUACCUGAUCUACGACAUCAUCCGGUUCCAGGGUGAGGAAGUUAUGGGGGUUGACUUCUGUCGGCGGUUAACGUGCAUCUCUCUUGAGCUGUACGAGCCACGCAAGGCAGCCAUGCAGGAAGGCCGCAUCAAGAGGGACAGUGAGCCGUUUGGGGUGCGACAGAAGCAGUUUUGGGACGCUGCCUUAACGUACAAGUUGCUGAGCGAGAAGUUUGCCCAGAAUAUGCCCCACGAGUUGGAUGGCCUCAUCUUCCAGCCCAAAGCGGACCCUUACAUCUGCGGCCGUGCCAAAGAUGUGCUCAAGUGGAAGCCCCCACAUCUCAACACCAUUGACUUUCGGCUAAAGGUUACCAAAGAAACUGGCCAAGGUCUCCUGCCUAAGCUAAUUGGAUACCUCUAUGUGGGGGGCAGUGACCGUCCAUUCGGACAGAUAAAGAUCAACAAGCAGUUGAGGAACAUGGACAACAAAAUCAUCGAGUGCAGGAUUGAAGGAAGUAACUGGGUCAUGCUGCGGGAGCGAACAGACAAGUCCUUUCCCAACAGUUACACCACGGCUGAGGGUGUGAUGGAGAGCAUAAAGAAUCCCGUUGACAAGGACUAUCUCCUCAACUUCAUCCACCAGUUCGGGUUUCGCAGGAAGCCGUCAGACAGCGACCUGAUGCCACCUCCACACCCGCUCGCUCCCUAGCAGACACCCGAGCAUUGGGCUGACAGAGCCAACAUGCAUCACCGCUUCGUGGCUUGCGAAACUGCAACCGUGCUCUGACUCCACUUCCAUCGGAGUCGAGCACCGAGGGCGGCCUCUUCCGAGGAUCAUGGAACUCGGGCAAUCGCCUCUUGCGUGAAAGACAUGUUUUUUUGGCCCACGAGCCUUGUGGUCUCGUUCACGCAUCCACUUAGGCACAGGACACAAGGGGUGGUGUAUAGAGUCACCGCAGCUGUGGCGCUGUUCUCUCUUUCAGCGUGUGUAAAUAGAGACGGGCAUUGAAGGAGCAUCGUUGACUGCAUCACCGUGGCAAAGGAAAACACUGCGGCCAGGAAGUGUGUUCGGAAUGGGCAAGCGUGUGACGAUGCAUGUGGCACACCUGAUGUGCCUGUGAGACGCGUGUGCAUGUGUUGACUGUGGACACUGUGUGCUACCUCGUGGUGCUUUCUACAGAGCGGAAGUGCUUCGUCUCCUGUAGAGCUGGUUUGCCUACGAGUACUUCUCUUUUCUUUCUUUCACCCUUGUGCACUCUUCAGUUUCACGUGCUCUGUUUGUCUGGUUUUUCAGGCUCCUGCGUUGAAGAGAUAGGCUGACUGCAGGCACCCACUGUUCUUGCUUUGGGGGAGGGGGGGGGGUGAAGAAGAAGCUUGUUUGUUGGCCACCUAUGCAUGCACAAGUUGUUGCUUUUUUUUUGCUUUCUUCUUCUUUUGAAGAACAUUGUUUGACCUGUGCACCAGUUUAUGUAAACUUGCAGCAGAUUUCUCAGAAGCACAUUUUGCUUAUAGUGCGAGUUGUGUCUGCAAACCACCCCAUCAAAGUGAGAAAGAAAAAGGAUAUGAUGGAGGCAAGAUUUGAUCGCCAGCAUGUUGUUAAAUGGAAAGAGUUUAUUGUAAGACGAUGUGCACCAAGUGCGGAUGGAAGAACUGCAGAUAAAAGGUAGCAGCUUGACAAGCUUUCAACCCCUUUUGGAACAGCAAAUUAAAACUGGUGCACUUUUGUACAUUAGCAUUAUUUAGCUGUGGCAUUUAGAGCUACAAUAGGUAGCCACAGCUGCAGAAGCUGACUAAAACGCGGCUAGGAUCACCCAAAUUGAAGAAGGGAGGGAAAUAAGUGUCUGAUGUGCAUCUGUUUGUUUAGUUUUUACAGCCGUGAAAUUGCUUCACUAUCAAAUAGUUAACUCUCUGUUUUUAUAGCUUUGUUAUGUCUUGCAUUGCAGACAUCUAUGCAUAGUUGGGCUCAAAAGCCAUUUGUUCUUUGCUGAGCGUAUUUAGCAUUGGAUGCGGCAGUAGUUAAUAGCAGGUGUGUUAACUACUUUUGCUGCUGAAACUGUAGCGGCAGUCGACUUGUGAAAGGAAUGCCCUGCAUGCUGGUUUAUGUAGCAGCCAUUCGGUCCCUGACAUCUGACCUGCUGGUUGUGUCACACGUGCGACUGUUAGGAGCAACCGUGGCUGACAUCAUGGAAUUCGUUGAUUGUCUGUCGAGCACCAAGCCUUGCCCUAGCUUGUUUUGGAAUUGCUCACUUCAACUGGCUCAUAAUUGAAACAGUGCAUGCAUGUCUUGUGGACAGUCUUGUAAUCUGGAGGGUGUCAAAUUUUGUUCGCCCGGUUGUCACACCUAGUGGCAUCGUACACGACAUUUCAAUUUCAAUUUAUUUCCCAUCUUACAAAUGCAAAUGGAGGGGUUGUAGGUAAAAGCUGCUUAAAGGCAGCUUGACGAGCCUACAAACCUAAAGUACAGCAAGUCAUUUCCCCAAGUCAUUCGGUUUUAGAAGCGUAUCGUGGAAACAACCAGUGCAAUAAAAUGAAGAAACAAGAAGAUGAUUGGAUGAGAUUGGCAUAUGACAGAGUGGACGGUCUAGAUGAUAAUGCCAUGAAGGCAACUUGUAGGGCUUGCAGCAUCUGUGCUUCCUCUUUGUAACCUCACUUUAUUGCAUAGUUUUUCAUAGUGAACACAUUAUGAAUAUGUCCAUUCAGUAUUUCAUUUUAAAGGUUGUUUUUUGUGUAGGAAUUUUCAUCACAGUAAGAAUUACAAACUGUGGGGUAUUGUUAAGGUGUGCCGGAGAUUUCAGAAAUUCUUUGACUUGUGUUCAUUAUGGCCAGUGUAGAUGUGUUCACAUAGGCAGGAAGGUUUGCAUUGCUUCUAAUAGCUUCGUAAGAAUCUUGGGGCACCAGCACAAGAACUAGGCUGUUAGUGGUAGCUUGACAUUGGUCACAUUUUCGACUUUUGUCGAGUUGCUGGUAAAGAGAAGUCUCGUGUGCAUACUUGCCCUCGUAAAUAUUAGUGUCAGCUUCUAAGUUGCAGAGGGCGGCGUUUUUGGCACACUUGCUUGCUUUGAAAUCCGUUGUUAGCACGGCAGUUUUAAUUAUUAAGGCUGGCCUCGUACACACUGAUAUUCUCUUGUAAUUGGUGGAUACCGGCCUCUUUCUCACUUUGUGUCAGGCUGUUCUCUGUUGUUGCAUAUAUUUUUCUUUUACCUCAUUUUUCAUCCUCUAGCCCAUGGGUAUGUGUGUGUGUACGCUUCACGGAAGGAAUGUUGCACGUAUUUUCGGUGUAAGUGUACAAAGCAAGAGCCUGUUUAGCAGUGUUUUGUUGUGCCCUUGUUUGUUGAUUUUUUAAAAAAUUCUUCUAGAAGUGCUGCGCGAGUGAGGUGAUGAUGUUUCUCGUCAUCGUAAUAAAUGAAUGCUUGGUAACAAAUGUA